AUGGCGGACGAGGAGGGCGAAGGGCUGCCGCGCUCGGCGGCGGCGCCGCACCGGAACGGCGGCGGUGAGGGGGCCCCGGCGGGGCCGGGUGGCCCCCGCGUAGUCCGCAUCGUCAAGUCGGAGUCCGGCUACGGCUUCAACGUACGCGGCCAAGUGAGCGAGGGCGGCCAGCUACGGAGCAUCAACGGCGAGCUCUACGCCCCGCUGCAGCAUGUCAGCGCCGUGCUGGGCGGCGGGGCGGCCGACCGCGCCGGGGUGCGCAAGGGGGACCGCAUCCUGGAGGUGAAUGGGGUGAAUGUCGAAGGAGCAACACACAAGCAAGUGGUGGACCUGAUUCGCGCCGGAGAGAAGGAGUUAAUUCUGACGGUGUUGUCCGUGCCUCCCCACGAGGCAGAUAACCUCGAUCCGAGUGAUGACUCUUUGGGGCAGUCAUUCUAUGACUACACGGAAAAACAAGCUGUGCCCAUCUCCAUCCCCACGUACAAGCAUGUGGAGCAGAACGGCGAGAAGUUUGUGGUCUACAAUGUUUACAUGGCGGGCCGCCAGCUCUGCUCGAAGCGGUACCGGGAGUUUGCCAUCCUGCACCAGAACCUGAAACGGGAAUUUGCCAACUUCACUUUUCCACGUCUCCCGGGGAAGUGGCCGUUCUCUUUGUCGGAGCAGCAGCUGGACGCCCGGCGGCGAGGGCUGGAGGAGUACCUGGAGAAAGUGUGUUCGAUACGUGUCAUUGGGGAGAGCGACAUCAUGCAGGAGUUCCUGUCGGAGUCGGACGAGAAUUACAACGGCGUCUCGGACGUGGAGCUCCGAGUAGCAUUACCAGAUAUAACAACAGUGACAGUAAGAGUCAAAAAGAACAGCACUACAGACCAGGUGUACCAGGCUGUGGCUGCGAAAGUCGGAAUGGACAGUAUUACCGCAAACUACUUCGCCUUGUUUGAAGUGAUCAAUCACUCCUUUGUGCGCAAACUGGCGCCCAAUGAAUUCCCCCACAAACUCUACGUGCAGAACUACACCUCGGCAGUGCCGGGAACGUGCCUGACCAUCCGAAAAUGGCUCUUCACUACAGAGGAGGAGGUUCUUCUCAAUGACAACGACCUGGCAGUCACCUACUUCUUCCAUCAGGCUGUUGAUGAUGUCAAGAAAGGCUACAUCAAAGCAGAGGAGAAGUCCUACCAGUUACAGAAGCUGUGUGAGCAGAGAAAGAUGGUCAUGUAUUUAAACAUGUUACGGACGUGCGAGGGUUACAACGAGAUCAUCUUCCCCCAUUGCUCCUGUGACUCUCGGCGGAAGGGACAUGUGAUCACAGCCAUCAGCAUUAAGCACUUUAAACUCCACGCCUGCACAGAGGAGGGCCAGCUGGAGAACCAGGUAAUAGCAUUCGAAUGGGACGAAAUGCAGCGGUGGGACACGGACGAAGAGGGAAUGGCAUUUUGUUUUGAAUACGCGCGAGGAGAGAAGAAACCCCGAUGGGUUAAAAUCUUCACCCCCUACUUCAACUACAUGCACGAGUGCUUCGAACGGGUUUUCUGCGAGCUCAAGUGGAGGAAGGAGGUGGAGGAGGAAGCAACAGACAAGGAUAACAAGAACUGCAGUAAAGACAAUAUGUGCAGCAAGAAUAUCUUUCAGAUGGUCAGGUCACAGCAGAGGGACGCGGCCACUUAGCCCCUCGUCACAGAAGAACGUAACCCCCCCCUCCCCCCAAUUAACACUUAAAAUUCUGUUAUUGUAUUAAAGCCCUUAAACUAAAUAUUAUUAAUAAUAAUACCAUUUGUGAACUUCAUGUUUAUGGAAUUAAGCAACUAGGAUAAAUGGCAGGCUCGGCCGAGAAAAGAGGGGAAAACAGUGUUGGAUGGCAGAGGAACCGCCCGAGGGUGUUCCGUCUCUUCCCUCCACUUGGGUCCUGUUCCCGAAGAUGGACUGUGCUUUUAUUUUUUACAACUGGAACUAGAAACGUCAUCCGUUUGCACUGUUCAGGCAUAUAUAUGUAUGUAUGUAAAAAAAAAAAAAAACAAACCACCAACCUACCGCCCCUAGGAAGUUAUAUAUACGAAUACCGUGCACGUAUAUACAUAUAUAUAUUUCUUUUAAAAUUUCAUAUCGGUGGCAGUACCUUUUUUAAGCUUGCGUUUUUACACGCAUCUCUCCUCCCAACCCAUCGUGUUUUUUUAAAAACUAACUUUAGAGAAAAAAAAACAGUAAAAAAGGAAAAAAAAAAAAAAAGAAGCAACGCUACAGGGAAAUACCUCUCCUGGCACAAGGACCUCUACACGUUUACAAGCUCUUGACUUUCUUUUUUUCCUGUGUUUCGGUUCGGUUCUGGGUGUUCUCACGCAGACGU